CUCUGAGGUUGGAUCUUCUGCUGUGUUUAUUCACUAACUGACUGCUGGACUGACUGCUGCUUCAGGUCAUCUCCCUGAAUCCCACUUGAAAUCCAACUGUUAUAACUCUCCUCAGAUUAAGUCUGCGACAAGAAGAUUAUACAACAAAAAUGGAUACAAAGUUCAACCCACUGCAAAGUUACAGUGAAGAGGAGUAUUAUGCAGACAUCUCUGAUCUGAGCGAUGACUACCAGAGGAAUAGCUCGGCAGGUGGUUGGGGGUCACUGCCGGAUUUGUGCCUACACAAUGUCUUUGUGUUUCUAGAGGACCAAGAUCGUAGGAGUGCAGACCUGGCUUGUCGUCACUGGCACCAUGUCAUGCGCUCUCCAUCUCUCUGGCGCUUUCACAUCUUCAACUUCAGUGGUCGUCAGGGCAAAUACAUGCAAUCUGAGUACUACUCUGCAAUGGCCUAUGCCAGCAGUUUGGGAAGCUACCUGGAGACAAUGGAGGUGUGUGUGGUUCCUCCACGCAAGUCCUAUGUAGCCCAUCGGCUGGAGCAAGCCAUCAGUGGGCUGUUGUCUGAGCUGACAAGAGUAAGGGCCCCAAUCCGCUCCAUUUCCAUCACACGGCUGGAUCUGGACCGGACCUCCUGGAAAAAAAGUCUCAGAAACUCUCUGGUGAAAAGAGUGACUGACUUCCUUCAGAGAGGGGACGCAAGGAUUACCUCUGUUAGUCUUAAUGGGAUGAGAAACCACCUGGCUCAUGGUCUGGAUCUGCUUUCUGCUCUAACAAACUCGCAGAGGCGCUCCUCUCCCAGGGGCUUCAUCUCAUCUUUGGACUUGAGAGGAUUCUUCUCAAGCUCAGUGCAUGUCAACACGAACCCCCAGGUGCCCUACAUCUUGAGCCAACUAAAAGGCCUCACCGACCUGAGCCUAAGUUACUCCUAUCUGUCAGAUGAGGUGCUAACAGCUCUCCAGCACAGACCCCAAGGACAGAGGCGGCACCCCAGUAGAGACGGGAACCCAUUGGAAAGACUUGCACUGCACUGCAGUUGUUAUGAGUACCAUCGACAGCUGGUGUCAGGCAGCUCAUGGACAAAUUUGGUCUCAACCUGCCCUAAGCUAAAGGUCAUGCUUACAGUUAACCAUAUCGUCAACACUAACUGGCUUGCACGGAUCCUGGUGCCUGAGAUUCCCCUGACUGAAUUCGACAUGACAGUUUUAUACCCCACCGGUAGUCCCUGGAGUGUUAGGCCCAUCCUCCAUAACCUGCUGCCUCAGUACAGACGCAGUCUGCAGCGUUUGAACAUCGACCUGAGCAACGGCAAUGAACCUUUGAAUGAGGAGCUGCUGGAGCUGGUCAAGCAGUGUGAGUGUCUGGAGGAUCUGAGAGUCUGGGCUUUCUUGGACAUUAGCACUGUGGAGAGGCUGCUGCACAUCAGACUGACAAAAAGGAGCUUACUUAACAAGAUCAGAUUGGGAAUCUACUCCUCGGAUGAAUAUGAGGAGCAGAAAGCACAGCUGGAGCAAAUAACAUCUUCCUACCUGCAGCUCCAUCCUGAACUGGACUUAUAUGUCAUGAUCUGCCCCUUUGUAUGAUUACAUGCAAAGGUGCUUUAGCAUCCACAAAAUAAAAAAAAAAUUAAGCAUUA